UGCAAACCCACAGUGUGAGGGCACAGCCGAUGGUGGCAGGGGGCAUGGACAUGGAAACAUCGAUACCCUUCUGGAUGGGCCAAGUCAGCAUGGGCACACGGGUGGGGACAGAUGGAUGGACAGCUGGAUGCUGAGGCUGGCUGUGCCCCCACCACCCCCUCAGUGCCUUGGCACUGCCAGACCAUGCUCAGUGGCACCCAGAGGUGGCCCCAAACCAGUCUUGGGGGACAAAGCACCCUGAAGCCUCACUUGGCUUCUAGGUGAAGGCACUGGGUAUGGGGGCUGUUUUACGGACCUGCAGCCCCUGUCUUAAACCCAGGCUGAGGCUGGGUCCCUGUGCCCUCAGUCUUCUUCUUAACCCCUUGAGGAAUUGCCACAGGCAGGGUGGCCCUGCCAAAGUCCACUGUCCCUCCCUGGGGUGCUGGUGGCCACCCUCUGCCUCAGUUUUCCUUGUGCCCUGGUGGGUGGGCACCCUGCCAAGGUUUCCCUGAGCUAACCCUGUCAGUGUUUCACUUGACAGUAUGCGGGCACACACUGAAGACAUGAUGGAGUCCCACCUGGGCUUGUCUGGGGGCAGCUGGCUCAUGCCCAGGGGAGAGCUGGGGGUGGCCUGGCAUUGCCCACCCCUCUGUGCCACCCCAUCCCCAUGGGAUCUGCCCCAGCCCUGCCAGCUGGGAUAGGGGGAACCAGGCGGGGUGGGCACUUCUCCACCCCAUCACCUAUCUGUUCUUCAACCUGUGCACCUACCCACCUGCCCACCUAUCUGUCUCUGCCUCCAUCCACCUGCCUACCCUGGGGGUGGUCCCCAGUCCUGGGCACAGGGACAUGCCUGUCCUUUUCCUCGGUGCUCCCGGAGGUGGUGGCCACUGGGCGCAGUGGGUGCCAGUGCCUGAGCCAAGGGAGUGGUACCACCUGCCAAGGGUGACAGGAGUCAUGUUGCCAUGGUGCUUGGUGCCACUUGUCCUCUUGGGGCCAAUAAAGGUGACCGUUGUCUUGGGUAGAGUGCAGGCACGAUAGCAGCAGGUGACAAAAGCUCACCUCCAGGAGCAGGAUCCAGACGUGCCCCAGCCCUCCGCCCAGAAAUGCCGAAGCUCUUGCAGCCCCUCUCGCUCCUGCUCCUGCUCGUCCUUGCUUCCACCGCCCAGGGACAGGCUGGCACGGGCCCUAAGGUGCUGCAGCCGUGGCUCAUUGGCCUCACGGCCGUCGUCGUCUUCCUCUUCAUUGUCUUCGUCGUGCUGCUCGUUAACCGGCUCUGGAAUCUCAGGAAGAAGAGGAAGGAGAACGACCACCCGGAGACCCUGGAGACUGACAGGCUGGAGCGCUCCGGCCACGUCAACCCGGCGGCUGAGGAUGAGCUGAGGGAAGACAAGCAGCAGAGCAAGGCCACGGCCACGUCCCUCUGAGUGCCCCCCGCUCCCCUGCGGGGCACCUCUGACCGGCGCCCCACCCUCACCCCGUCCGCGGGGCGGGGAUCCGCGCCGGGUUUCGGCGACAGCCGCGGCCACCGUGGCACCUCCCGCCCGCGGCCGGUCCGGCUGGGACCAAGACCCGGCGCGGAUCACCGGCUCGCCGGAGCUGAGCGGGAGGGCGGCGGCCAGGGCGACAGCGGGGCCUCCUCGUGCCCCCCAACCCUGGGCCGGCGGGGAUCCCGGCCCGGGGGGACGAGGACAGUCCCCUCCCGAGGCGUGCCCACUAAAGGUUUCCCCAGCCUA